GCGGCGGCGGCGACGCCAGAGCCCGAGGGCGCCGUUCGCGAGGCCGCCGCGGGAGCCUGGCCGCAGCGCGGGGAGGCCUGGGGCCUGGAGGCCGCCGCUGCCGCCAUGCCGCUGCUCUUCCUGGAGCGAUUCCCCUGGCCCAGCCUCCGCACCUACACGGGCCUCAGCGGCCUGGCCCUGCUCGGCACCAUCGUCAGCGCCUACCGCGCCCUCAGCCAGCCCGAGGCCGGGCCCGGGGAUCCGGAGCCGCCAACGGCCCCGGUGCAGACGGAGCCGGACGUGCCUGCCCGGCCUAGUGCCGGCGGCCCCCGGGCCCGCGACGUGGCCCAGUACUUGCUCUCGGACAGCCUGUUCGUGUGGGUUCUAGUGAAUACCGCAUGCUGUGUUUUGAUGUUGGUGGCUAAGCUAAUCCAGUGUAUCGUGUUUGGCCCUCUUCGAGUGAGUGAGAGGCAGCACCUCAAAGACAAGUUCUGGAAUUUUAUUUUCUACAAGUUCAUUUUCAUUUUUGGUGUGCUGAAUGUGCAGACGGUGGAAGAGGUGGUCAUGUGGUGCCUCUGGUUUGCUGGACUUGUAUUUCUACAUCUGAUGGUACAGCUCUGCAAGGACCGAUUUGAAUAUCUUUCAUUUUCUCCCACCACACCCAUGAGUAGCCACGGGCGAGUUCUGUCUCUGUUGAUCGCAAUGCUGCUUUCUUGCUGUGGAUUAGCAGUCGUCUGUUGUGUCACAGGCUACACCCAUGGGAUGCACACACUGGCUUUCAUGGCAGCGGAGUCUCUUCUCGUGACAGUGAGGACUGCUCAUGUGAUUUUACGCUAUGUAAUUCACCUCUGGGACCUCAACCAUGAAGGGACGUGGGAAGGAAAAGGAACCUAUGUCUAUUACACAGAUUUUGUCAUGGAGCUCACUCUCUUGUCCCUGGACCUCAUGCACCAUAUUCACAUGUUGUUAUUUGGCAACAUCUGGUUAUCCAUGGCCAGCCUGGUCAUCUUCAUGCAGCUGCGUUACCUGUUCCACGAAGUGCAGCGUCGAAUCCGCCGGCACAAGAACUACUUGCGUGUGGUUGGCAACAUGGAGGCCAGGUUUGCAGUUGCAACUCCCGAGGAGCUGGCUGUCAACAAUGACGACUGUGCCAUCUGCUGGGACUCCAUGCAGGCCGCGAGGAAACUGCCCUGUGGACAUCUUUUCCACAACUCCUGCCUUCGUUCCUGGCUAGAACAAGACACCUCCUGCCCAACAUGCAGAAUGUCUCUCAAUAUUGCCGACAGUAACCGGGUCCGGGAGGACCAGCAAGGAGACAACUUGGAUGAGAAUUUGGUGCCUGUGGCAGCCGCCGAAGGCCGACCUCGCCUAAACCAACACAAUCACUUCUUCCACUUUGAUGGGUCCCGGAUCGCCAGUUGGCUGCCGAGUUUUUCCGUCGAGGUGAUGCAUACCACCAACAUUCUAGGCAUUACGCAGGCCAGCAACUCACAGCUGAACGCAAUGGCCCAUCAGAUUCAAGAAAUGUUUCCCCAGGUUCCAUACCAUCUCGUGCUGCAGGACCUCCAGCUGACCCGCUCGGUGGAAAUAACCACAGACAACAUUUUAGAAGGACGGAUUCAAGUCCCUUUUCCCACACAGCGCUCAGAUGGCAUCAGGCCGGCAUUGAACAGUCCUGUGGAUAGGCCAAAUGGAGACCAGGAGGAGGGAGAAGCUUCUGUGCAGACUGAGCGUGUGCCGCUAGACCUCGGUCCUCGGCUGGAGGAGGCCUUGGAUUUCAGCGAGGUGGAGGUGGAGCCCAGCGAGGGGGAAGACUUUGAGGCCCGGGGGAGCCGCUUCUCCAAGUCUGCGGACGAGAGGCAGCGCAUGCUGGUCCAGCGGAAGGAUGACCUCCUGCAGCAGGCUCGCAAGCGUUUCCUGAACAGAAGUUCUGAAGUCGACUCAGCCUCCGAGAGCUGCCUGUCGUCAGAAGGCACGACCUCCGACCCUGUGACCCUGCGUCGGAGGAUGCUGGCCGCGGCCGCCGAACGGAGGCUCCAGAAGCAGCAGAUCUCCUAGCGCUCGGCUGCCACCCCUACCCCCGUCGCCUCCAGCAGCGCCACCGCCCGGGCCUGGCCCCGGUUCUGCCCGCUGUCCGAGGAGGGGCUCGGCCCCGCUGCCGCUGUAUAAAGCAUGUGGUCUUAAUAGUGUUUGGACAGCUGACAAACUUAAUCCUUUUUUGUAAUACUUUCUAUGUGACAUUUCUCUUCCCUUUAGAAACACUGCGCAUUUUAAUUCGAGGC